AUGCGUAGGAUGGGUUUUUCUAAGGUCUGGAUUGACUUGGUCUAUCGUGCAGUCUCAAAUGUGUGGUACUCUAUGAUUGUCAACGGGGUUAAAGAGGGUUUCUCCACCUCGUCCCGGGGGCUGAGGCAAGGGGACCCACUUUCCCCUAGCAUUUUUAUCAUUGCUGCAGAGAUCCUUUUUAUGUACCUUGCUCGAGUCCAUCUGGACAACAGUGUACCUAGAUUCUCACAGCCUACUGGUACUCCUUAUAUUCAUCAUCUAGCUUACGCUGAUGAUGUUAUUAUUUUUAGUACUGGGAGGCAGGGGGCAAUCUGCAAAGUCAUACGAGCCCUAAAAGAAUAUGAGGAGAUUUCAGGUCAAAUGGUCAGUUUCCCUAAGAGUGAUUUUUAUAUGCAUCCUGACACUUCGGGUUGGGUUAUUCGUAGGAUUAGGGAUAUCACUGGAUGCAUUCAUAGGCCCUUCCCCUUUACUUAUCUUGGGUGUCUUAUUUAUGUGGGGAAGAAGAAGUGUGUUUAUUUUUCAUCUGUGGUGGACAAGGCCAUCCCUUUACAUCUCUUUGCGGCUUGUGCUCCUCCUAAGCAAGUUAUCCGGGAUCUUGAGCGGUGCUUCGCGAGCUUCUUUUGGUGGCAGUUGGGAGGUACACGCUACAAUUGGGCGUCAUGGAAAACGCUCUCCCUCCUUAAAAAAGAGGGUGGUAUGGGUUUCCUUGACCUUGACCUGAUGGUGCGUGCAUCGAGUGCAAAGCUUUGGUGGAACUUUCGCAAGGUGUAUUCACUGUGGGGAAGUUUCAUGACUGCUAUGUACUGCCAUCGAGUUCACCCGGUGGCGAAAUCAGUGCGAAGUUCCGACUCACACACUUGGAAGCGGAUGCUCAGCAUCAGGAAUGAGGUGGAGGCAGUCUUGGGAUGGCGCCUCACGGCGAUGUUAGACUCUGGUGGGAUAACUGGGGUGGAGUACUCUGGUGAUUUGUUGUCUGACUACAUCCAGGACGGGGAAUUGGACUUGUUAGCUUAUGAUGACCUACUGCCAACCGGGUUGGAGGCGGACAUGUCCCGUCUAGGCCAACGAGUAGCUGACAUUCCUAUUUGGCGGGUUUCUACGGACGGUUUGUUUUCUUUCUCUUCUGCAAAAUCAUUAUUAAGACCUGAACCGGUGAAUUCUGAUCCUAUUUUGAGUGCAUGUUGGCAUAAGCACUUGCCCUUUAAGGUGUCCUUUCUUGUUUGGCGUGUAUUACGAGGCCGUUUGCCCACUGAUGAUGCCAUGGCUAGAUUUGGGCACCUUAUUGUUUCCAGAUGCUGGUGCUGCAGUAACCCUGCUAGGGAGACCAUUCAUCACAUCUUUUAUGCGGGGGACACUACCAGGGCUGUAUGGGGAUUUUUUCUAGGAUCGCUCGUCCUGCGAUUCAGUCAUCGGGGUCUACGGACGCUGUUGACUGGGUGGAGGUUGCCUUAUCUCAUCCUUUGGGAGUUAUGGAAACACAGGAACGCAUGCUUGCAUGACAGAGGACCACCGGUUGUGCCUCGAGUGAUGUAUGGCGUUGCCAAAGGGGUGGCAUAG